GAGGCCGCCAAUCAGAAGGUUGGAGGCAGCGAUUUUGGCAGGCGGAGAUGGAGACGGGGAGAAAAGUGCCCGUAGUCUCGUGGCCCCUGGCGCUCUCCGGGUAUGUCCAGCCGCCGAGCAGAGGCGGCAGCGCGCCCAGCCUCUGGAGAGAGCGCCGCUGCUUCCGCGCCCGUCGGAGGGGCCGCUCGGCCACCCGGCCGCCCCUCAUGGGACCACCGCGGGGCGAUGCACCCUCGCAGUGAGCUCUGCGAGGCCCGUCCGGGGCGCGCCGUCAGGGAAGGCUCCCUGGAAGAGGCAGCGAGAGCGGGGUGCCCCUGCCCGGACCCGAGCAGGGCGCAGGCAUGCGGCAGCUGAGUCGCCGCUGCUGCUGAGGAGGGCAGGAUGGAACCCUCGGGCCUGGAGCUGCUGGAGGGGACCGUCCACACGCCGCCGCCGCCGCCGCCCCAAGAGCCCAUCCGCUUCGGCAUCGACCAGAUCCUCGGCUGUUCGCAGCAGCAGCAGCAGCAGCAGCAGCAGCAGCAAGGCGCUUGCGGAGCUGCCGUCGGGGCCCUCGGGGAGCCCGACCUGGCACUCUACGGCGGCGGUUACGGAGCAGAAUACAACCCGGCCUGCUCGCUGGGUGCUUACGGACUUCCCAGGGCAGCGGCUGGCAGCAGCGGCGGCGGCGGAGUUAUCCGAGUGCCCGCGCACAGGCCAGUGCCCUCCGCAGCGGCCCAUCCCCAGCCGGGGGGAGCUGGCCUCACCUUUCCCUGGAUGGAGAGCAACAGGCGCUUGACCAAGGACCGGAUCGCAGCCGCCCUGCCGCCUUUCUCCGUCGCCCGGCGCAUAGGCCACCCCUACCAGAACCGCACGCCGCCCAAGCGCAAGAAGCCGCGCACCUCCUUCUCCCGGGCGCAGAUCUGCGAGCUGGAGAAGCGCUUUCACCGGCAGAAGUACCUGGCAUCCGCCGAACGAGCCGCUUUGGCCAAAGCGCUCAAGAUGACCGACGCCCAAGUCAAAACCUGGUUCCAGAACCGCCGCACCAAGUGGAGGCGGCAGACGGCCGAGGAGCGCGAGGCGGAGCGCCAGCAGGCCAACCGGCUGAUGCUGCAUCUCCAACAAGAGGCCUUCCAGAAGAGCCUGGGGCAGCAGCCACUGCAGCAGGACCCGCUCUGCCUGCACAACUCCUCGCUCUUCGCCCUGCAGAACCUGCAGCCCUGGGCCGAGGAGCACAAGGUCACAUCCGUCUCCGGGGCGGCGGCCCUGGUGUGAGCGGAGCGCCAGAGAGACGGACCCGCGAGCUCAUGGGCGCGGAAGGGCGCCACGGACUGGCCGAAAAGCCUUUUCCUCACGCGGAGCGCCGCUCGGUGCUGUGACCUCACCCUGGAGAGGCAUCACCAGGCAGCCACCC